AUGACCCAAGCCGAACGACAGCCUCUGCUGGGCAUCUCCAGCACACCCGUCUUCCCGGACGAGGUGCCCGACCCCGAAUCCGCCGCCCGACCGGCCACCAACAGUCCCAAAACCCUCACCUGGACGAGCGCGUACAUCCUCGUCAUCUCCCGCGUCAUCGGCAGCGGCAUCUUCGCGACCCCGGGCUCGAUCGUCAAAUCUGCGGGGAGCGUGGGUCUGUCGUUGUUGAUCUGGGGGGUGGGCACCGUGCUCGCCGCGUGUGGGCUGGCCGUGUCGCUGGAGUAUGGGUGCAUGCUGCCUCGCUCGGGCGGCGAUAAGGUGUAUCUGGAAUAUACCUACCCGCGGCCGCGCUUCCUGGCCUCGACCUUGAUCGCUGUGCAGGCGGUGCUGCUGGGGUUCACGGCCAGCAACUGCAUCGUCUUCGCCAAGUACACCUUCUUCGCGUUCAAUGUCGAGCCAACUGAGCUGCAGCACAAGGUCCUGGCGCUGGGGUUGAUUACGUUUGUCACGAUCAUGCACGGAUUCUUCCUGCGGACGGGCAUCUGGGUGCAGAACGUGCUGGGAUGGCUGAAGAUCUUUCUGGUCGGGGCCAUCUCGUUGACCGGCAUCUGGGUGAUUCUCGUGCGUCCGCCCAGCGAGACGGAUGCCUCGGCUGGGGAUAAGCGGGGAAGUGUGUUCAGCUCGUGGGAUUCGCUGUGGGAGGACUCCAACUGGAGCUGGAAUCUGCUGUCCACGUCUCUAUUCAAGGUCAUUUACUCGUACGCUGGGCUGAGUAACUUGAACAACGUCAUGAACGAGGUGCGAGAUCCCGUUCGCACUCUCAAGACGGUGUGUCCCGCGGCGCUCCUGACGGCGGGGGCGCUGUACUUUCUGGCGAAUGUCUCUUACUUUCUGGUGGUCCCGAUCGAGGAGAUCAAGAACAGCGGAGAACUCGUGGCAGCACUGCUGUUUGAGCGGCUGUUCGGGAAUCAGAUCGGGAGGACGUUGCUCCCUCUGGCCAUUGCCAUCUCGGCCGCUGGCAACGUCAUGGUAGUCACUUUUGCGCUGGCCCGUGUCAACCAAGAGAUUGCCCGCCAGGGGUUUCUGCCCUGGUCAAAGGUGCUUUCGUCCUCGCGACCGUUCGGAGCACCGCUAGGUGGAUUGAUCGUGCACUACAUCCCCUCCGUCCUGGUGAUUGCCCUGCCGCCCCAAGGCGACGUCUACAACUUUAUCCUGGAUGUCGAAGGCUAUCCGGGCCAGUUCUUCAGUCUAGCUGUCACACUAGGGCUCCUGCUGCUUCGCUACAAGGAACCCGACCUCCCGCGUCCGUUUCAGGCAUGGCUGCCCGCCGUGUGGCUGCGCGUGUUCAUCUCCUUGGUCUUGUUGGCAUCGCCCUUCUUCCCGCCAGAGGGCGGCAAGGGCGACGUGGGCUUCUUCUACGCGACGUAUGCGAUUGUUGGAACUGGCGUAAUUGUGUUUGGAGUGCUAUACUGGUACGUAUGGACGGUUCUGCUUCCCCGGUGGGGCGGAUAUCAUCUGGAGGAGGAAAAGGCCGAGGCGGAAGACGGAGCAAUCCAUACCAAACUAGUGCGCGUAUAC